AUGGCAAACAAGUCACGAACAUUAAUGGAGAUAUUCCAGGAGAUUUAUGCUGCCUCUGGAAAUACUUCGGGUAGCAGCAUCAAUGAAACUCAAAUCGUAUCAGUUUUACGUGAACAGGCGAUGAAAGGUGAAAGGCAUGAAGAUGAAAUUGGAGAUCUCUUGGUGAAAAUGAUGAAAGAUGCCAACCUGCCGCUAAAGCCCGACACCUGUGGCUAUUGUGAGGGUAACUUUCGAGAUGUCAUCAUGGCUUAUAACAGUCUUCAUGGAUACGUAAGCUUACUGUGCAAAUAUCUACGAUUUCGAACCCUUGGUAAUAGAGUAUCAUAA